ACAGGUUAGGCUACAUAGUCCUGCCUGUGUGUGUGUGUGUAUGUGCACAGACGUGUCUCAGUGAGCUCAACCGUAUCUCUGCCUGCGCGCCAUCUCUCCUCCAUGAUGCGUCUUUAUGGCUACAUAUUCAUGGGACAUAAUUAGCAAGCUAACAAGUUGAGAAAUGCAUGAUAUCGCACACAUGGACAACUGUUGGAUCUGAAGGACUGAGAUCAGGACUGAGAGAAAACAGACUGAGAGACUCAGAACUGAGAGAACAGGACUAAUCCAGAGACUCAGCGCUCAGGAUUCCAGCACUACUGAGAGAACAGGACUAAUCCAGAGACUCAGCGCUCAGGAUUCCAGCACUACUGAGAAAACAGGACUAAUCCAGAGACUCAGCACUUAGGUUUCCAGCACUACUGAGAGAACAGGACUAAUCCAGAGACUCAGCACUUAGGUUUCCAGCACUACUGAGAGAACAGGACUAAUCUAGAGACUCAGAAUCUCCAGCACGGCAGCACCGCAAGAAGUGAAAGUGAAUCUUAACCUCAGCCAUUUCAGAAGGGACUGUAGCUGGGAGAGGAAAUGGCCUCCGUAUAGCACUCUGAAGAGGAGUUCUCCUGUUUACGCUGAAACACUCAGGGAUCCUGUUCUCCUGGUCAUGGAGUCACAGUGUGUGUGAAGCCUACAGCAGCAGUGUCCAGUUUGCAGACUGUUUGGUGUGUUGCAGGGGCUGCUGCACUAGACUGAGGAAGGCAAAAUGGCAGCUGGGGGCACAGACAAAGAUUAUAAACUGGUCAUCCCUGAUCGUGCUGUGAAGUGUAAAGAUGGUGAUGAUGUCACACUGUGCGGUCACCUCUCUCCUGAAACCAGUGCUGUUGCCAUGGAGAUCAGGUGGUUUAGACGGACAGACUGUAUCUACCUGUAUAGGAAUGGUCAUGUGAUAGAGGGGAGGGGCUAUGAGGACAGAGUGAGUGUGGACCCCCAGCAGCUGCAGAGAGGAGACGUGUCUCUCAGACUGAGGAGGAGCAGAAGGGGAGAUGAUGAUGAUAGAGGAGUGUACACAUGCCAGGUCAUCAGUGGAGGACACCAGGAGGAGGGAAGAGUCGGGUUGGGGAUCAAAGCUGCUGCAGGAGGUGCUGCAAGAGUGGAGGCUGACGGAGAUCACUGCUGCAGAGAGGAAGAAAAUGGAGGAAUCUGUCCAGUCUCUGGCUCUCCCUGCAUGGCUGAAGGCAACUGAUGAGUUAAUGGAGAAAAACAGACAACUGGAG